AUGGGGAUAGAGGAAAGGAGUCACGAGACCAGCCCAGAGCGCGAACCCUCGGCGCCACAGACGCCAGCGCAGACUGAGUCGCAGGAAAAUUCGCCUCCAGCUCCCUCCAAAUUUCGACAUGUUGUGGUCGUCGGCGCUGGCUUCGUGACUAUGUUCAUGACCUGCGGUAUCAUCUUCUCUUUUGGAGUAUACCAAGCUAUCUAUGAAGAGAUGGCAAAAGAACCCGGCACACCAUUCACAGGGACCUCGUCAUCGAUCAUUAGUUUGAUUGGUACACUAGCUAUUGCGUUGAUGUCAAUGGGCGGUCCAUUCGUCAGUGCCUGGGCCAAACUAUAUGGCCCACAACCCAUCAUCAUGAUUGGAGGUGUUGUUUUCGGACUCGGAUGUAUCCUCGCCAGUCUAAGUGAAUACAUCUGGGAGUUCCAGCUUACCCAUGGCGUGCUUGUCGGAAUUGGAACUUGCAUGGCAUAUGUACCAACCAUGUCUGUCGCGCCUACUUGGUUCAGCAAAAGACGUGGUCUAGCUAUGGGCAUUGUUAUCUCAGGCUCCGCCUGUGGUGGUAUGGUCUGGCCUCCAGUUCUGCGGGCUAUCACUAACCACCUCAACUUCCGGGAUGCGUUGCGUAUCUCUGGUUGCUUGGUAAUCCUACUGGUUCCUAUCUCUGGGUACGCCUUAACCUGGGAACCGAAGUUCAAAGCGAAGCUAGAUGAACAGAACGCUGGCAUUUCUAAGAAAACCGGGUGGGCCAAGGUGCCACUGGUGAAUUGGGAGGUCGCAAAAUCGAAGAAAUUCGCAGCGCAGGCAUUAGGUUGCUUCCUGCAAUCUGCUGGCUACUCGACGCCUCUAUUCUUCUACGCAGCUUUUGCUCGUUCUCUUGGCUAUAGUAAUGCUAUGGCAGAUAACUUUAUCACAAUUAGUAAUGCGGCCAACUUCGUCUCGCGUAUCGUCAUUGGCUACGCAGCUGACAAGCUUGGUCGCUUGAAUGUGCUCUUCGUCACAACUGUUCUCAGUGCAGUUGCUGUAUUUGGAUUCUGGCUUCCAGCGACGUUUGCGGGUACUAGUGUCUCUGUCACUGCAGCCGAAGUGCUGUUUAUUUUCUUCGCAAUUCUAUACGGUGCUUUUGGUAGUGCCUAUAUCUCGUUGUUCCCUGCGAGCUUGAUUGAGCUAUUUGGUGUACAGCACUUUACCUCCGUGAAUGGCGCUCUCUACCUUAUUCGUGGUAUGGGGGCUCUACUGGGUACCCCAUUGACAGGCUUACUGCUACCAGGACAGUCAGCAUUGUCAUCUGUCUCCACUUACGAAAGAGCCACCAUUACUGUUGGAGUAUUGCUCUUUGCAGCAAGCAUGGCGACCUUGUGGGUGCGGCUGGAAGCAUUCAACGGGAAACCAUGGGUAUGGAAGAUGUGA